UUUAAAGUGAAUUAAAGAAAUACUCCAAAAGACACAGAUUUUGAAGUAAAAUCAUGAAAAUUGUACACAGAGACCUAGUUCCCAACAGCCCUGGCAUCGUAAAGAUGAUACCGGUAGAUUCAGAUGAUCUCUGGUUUGUUUACAAUUUGAUAAGUACUGGAGAGAGGGUUAUGGUUCGAACCAUGAGGAAAGUUCUAAGGGAGACAUCUGGUGGAAGAGAUGCAGAACGUGUUCCCCUGAAGUUGGAAAUAAAAGUCGAGGUGAUAGAUUAUGACAAAGAAGGAUCAGUCUUGCGACUAAGGGGGAAGAACACCUUGGAGAAUGAACAUGUUAAGAUAGGGGCAUUCCAUACUUUAGAACUUGAGCUUCAUCGACCUUUCGUAUUAACAAAGGGCUAUGCCAUGUGCAGAUAUUUGUGGCUAGUCAAGAGAUGUCCCUCUGUUCUGGGCAGGCUACAACUGGAUUAG